GGUUAAAGUUGACGCUUCCGGUCGGCCGGUGUCUCUCUUCAGCUCUCCGCUUCCUCGCACACAGCCCUUCACUUAGUACAGCCAUGGCCAACGUCUCCGAUACUAAACUCUACGAUCUUCUUGGCGUUUCCCCCUCGGCCUCCGAAAACGAAUUGAAAAAGGCUUAUCGAAAAUUAGCAAAAGAAUAUCACCCUGACAAAAACCCAAAUGCUGGAGACAAGUUUAAAGAGAUUAGCUUUGCAUACGAAGUACUUACCAAUCCAGAGAAGAAAGAAUUGUAUGACCGCUAUGGGGAACAGGGACUGCGAGAAGGAGGCUGUGGAGGAAGUGGAAUGGAUGACAUCUUUUCCCAUAUUUUUGGUGGCGGCCUCUUUGGCUUCAUGGGCGGGCAGGGUCGGAGCAGAAAUGGAGGACGGCGAAGAGGGGAAGAUAUGGUUCACCCGCUAAAGGUGUCUCUUGAAGACUUGUACAAUGGAAAAACAACCAAAUUACAGCUGAGCAAGAAUGUUCUGUGUAGCACUUGUAAUGGUCAAGGUGGGAAGUCAGGUGCAGUUCAGAAGUGCACAGCCUGCAGGGGACGUGGUAUGCGCAUUCUGAUCAGACAGCUGGGGCCUGGUAUGGUCCAACAGAUGCAGUCAGUGUGUACUGAUUGUAAUGGUGAAGGUGAAGUGAUCAGUGAAAAGGACCGCUGCAAGAAGUGUGAGGGAAAGAAAGUGAUCAAAGAGGUAAAGAUUCUGGAAGUGCACGUGGAUAAAGGUAUGAAGCACGGACAGAAGAUCACCUUUGGUGGUGAAGCUGACCAGGCACCUGGCUCAGAACCCGGAGACAUUGUCCUGGUCCUGCAGGAAAAAGAGCAUGAGACUUACAGAAGAGAGGGCAACGACUUACACAUGACCCAUAAGAUUGGCCUAGUUGAAGCACUUUGUGGGUUCCAUUUCACAUUGAAACACUUAGAUGAUAGACAAAUUGUUGUGAAAUACCCAGCUGGUAAAGUCAUUGAGCCAGGCUCAGUUAGAGUUGUUAGAGGAGAGGGGAUGCCACAGUAUCGAAACCCCUUUGAGAAAGGAGACUUGUUCAUCAAGUUUGAUGUGCAAUUCCCAGACAACAACUGGUUAAGCCCAGAAAAACUUACGGAACUGGAAGAUUUGCUGCCAACACGUGCUGAUGCCCCUGUCAUCUCUGGAGACGCAGAGGAGGUGGACCUGCAGGACUUCGACAUGAGUAAGAGCUCAUCUAGCGGUCACCGCCGCGAGGCAUAUAACGACAGUUCAGAUGAAGAAGGAGGCCAUCAUGGCCCUGGAGUGCAGUGUGCCCACCAGUAAACCCAGCUACCGCAUCUUUCUGGUCCCAACAGUGGGAUUAAACAUGUUCUAGUUGCACAAACAGGUGUUUGUUAAAAUCUGAUUCAGGACUGCCUUAAAUGAGAAAUAAUAUAUGGCCGUUCCUGAGCACCUGAUUCCCUUGUAGUCAACGCACGGAUGACCUGUAUCUAAUAAUUCUUUCUUGCUCCUCCUCCUCUCCUCGUCUGCCCCACUUCAGAGAGACAAGGGUAAACGCGCUUUGUACUCUGUGUGUAACUUGCAUUUUUUGUUGUUGUCAUCGUUGUCGUCGUAGUGUUCACAAGUUUAAAACUAACCAUAAAAUGCCGCUUUGGCCCUGGACUUUUGUUGGAGAGUGACUUGGAAGAGGGGUUGAGAGCGAUCCUAAAACAAAAUAUAAAGGCCACCGUGGGACUUUUUCACCAAUCCAAUUUUAGGUUUGUAUGUAUCUGUGCUCAAUUUUUACCACUUUAUUUUAUUUGUAGAUUUUUGCUUUCUUCCUUUCUUUGAUAUUUUAAGAAUUGGAACAAGAGACUAUAACAUGUAUAAAUGAAAGUGAUUGUCAUUUAAGCUUUGUAUCGGCUGCUGUCACAUUUGAGUGCGAUUUAUGUUUGAACUAGUCGAAAUAAAAUCUUCAAUUGCCUAUA